GUGGCGCGUGCGCGUGCGCGGUGCGCCAUCUCGCCGGUAAUGGCGCUGCUGCAGCGAUUGGCCUAUUCGUGGACGGCGCUGGAGAGGGUUCUGCUGCAGGCGUUCGGGCUUCAGCAGCGAUUAGCUCCUGCGUUAGCAAUACAAGUUCCAGCAGCCUUCCCUCAGUUUGACCCUGAUGCCUAUCAGAAUGAUCAGGGUGACAGCUCUGGCUUCUUGGACAGUAUCUUCUUGAUGGCAGCACCAAAGAAGCGACGCACUAUUGAGGUUAACCGCUGCAGGAGAAGGAAUGUUCAGAAACUUGAGAAAGUUAAGAACAACAUAGAAGUUUGCCAAGAAUGUGGCUACUUGAAACUGAAACACCAGCUAUGUGCCUUCUGCUACAAAAAGGUUGCGCAUGAAACAGCCCUUGUACGUGCACAGAUUAAGGUACAAGAAGGAAGGCCACUUAACACACCUGCAGUAGAGACAGUUGUGCUUUACCAAGGGGACAAAGCACCAGAGGCUGACAACGGAAAGAGGAUCAUUGAAAGAAACCGAAAGCGGCCAUCAUGGUUUACAGUAGGGUCAUGAGAUGGGCACUGCAUAGGUGAACACCAUAGUGUUAAAAUAUUUUGUUUAAAAAUAAAACAUAGGCAAAAUUAAACUGUGUCACUGAAAUUAGAAUCAAAGAGAUUGCUUGUUCACGUGUUUUGUUUGAGGUACUUGGCCUGAUUUAAAGAAACUUGGAAUAAAUUUUCCUCCACACAAGAGACUUUGGAUAUUUGUUUAAAAUAAUAUAAUUUCAUUUUAAUGACUGCAGAAAGUAAUUAGUAUUUUUUCUCAGCAUUUCACUAUUUCACAUGGUGGCUCUGAAGUAGACACAAAGUAGACUUCAAAAUAAAAUCCACAUUUUAAUAUUUAAGACAUUUGUCAUUUAAGAUAUUUGUUUAAUUUGUUUUAAUUUCGUGAAGCAUCUUUCAAUUAAAUCCUUGGGGCAGCCACCAUUACUUGUAACGGAAUCUAUUUCCUUAUGCCUAUUUUGGGGUAGACAUUGAGUUAAUAAAUUCCAAAUAAAUGUAUUUUACUUUUUCUGUUAAUCCACUUCCAUCCACUUUCAGUGUCCUUUUAUCCCCUUGAUCAAGAAAUUGUAGAUGUGUUGUAUUUGACGAAUUUGUUCUCUACUUUUUAACAAUGCUCUGUAGCAAACUUGAAGAUAAAAAUGGAGUGAUGUAAUUCUGA